UUUUCUGGUUGGGGGCGAAUGUUAAGGUUGGUGGUGAUGUUAAAACUAGUUUGGAGCAGAAAAUAUAUGUUGCAUGCUUAUUUUCCCAAAUGCAUCCUAUAUCCCUGCUGUACGGAGUUCUGCAAACCAUUGGCCCAGCAGCAAGCCCCCGGGAGAAAGGAGACUGCUGUGUACCUGCUGCUGAUACCAUGUGGGUUCUUCCCUGGCAGGCAGAAGCUGAGGAAGAUUGUCAUUCUGAUACUGACAGAGCAGGCGAUGCUGAUGAAAAUGAGAGUCCUGCUGAAACAGACCUGCAGGCUCGAGAACUCUUUCUAAAAGCAGUAGAGGAAGAACAGAAUGGAGCUCUUUACGAAGCCAUCAAGUUUUAUCGUAGGGCUAUGCAACUUGUACCUGAUAUAGAGUUCAAGAUUACUUAUUCCCGGUCUCCAGACGGUGAUGGCGUUGGAAACAGCUACAUAGAAGAUAAUGAUGAUGAUGGCAAGAUGGAGGAUCUCUUGUCCUACUUCCAGCAGCAACUCACAUUUCAGGAGUCCAUGCUCAAACUGUGUCAGCCGGAGUUGGAGAGCAGUCAGACUCACAUAUCAGCGUUGCCGAUGGAGGUCCUGAUGUACAUCUUCCGAUGGGUGGUUUCUAGUGACUUGGACCUCCGAUCGUUGGAGCAAUUGUCCCUGGUAUGCAGAGGAUUCUAUAUCUGUGCCAGAGACCCUGAAAUUUGGCGUCUGGCUUGCUUGAGAGUUUGGGGCAGAAGCAGUAUUAAACUUGUUCCAUACACAUCCUGGAGGGAGAUGUUUUUAGAGCGGCCUCGUGUUCGAUUUGAUGGUGUGUAUAUCAGUAAGACCACAUACAUUCGUCAGGGGGAACAGUCUCUUGAUGGUUUCUAUAGAGCCUGGCACCAAGUGGAAUAUUACAGGUAUUUAAGAUUCUUUCCUGACGGCCAUGUGAUGAUGCUGACGACCCCUGAGGAACCUCAGUCCAUUGUUCCCCGCUUAAGAACUCGAAAUACCAGAACCGAUGCAAUUCUACUGGGUCAUUAUCGUGUAGCACAAGAUAUAGACAAUCAGACAAAAGUGUUUGCUGUAAUAACUAAGAGGAAAGAAGAAAAGCCACUUGAUUACAAAUACAGAUACUUCCGUCGUGUCCCUGUACAAGAAGCAGAACAGACUUUCCAUGUGGGGCUACAGCUGUGCUCCAGCGGCCACCAGAGGUUCAACAAGCUCAUCUGGAUACAUCAUUCUUGUCACAUUACUUACAAGUCCACCGGGGAGACUGCGGUCAGCGCUUUCGAGAUCGACAAAAUGUACACGCCCUUGUUCUUCGCCAGGGUGAGGAGCUACACAGCCUUCUCAGAGAGGCCGCUCUAGGGCGCCAGGCCCAGGCCUCGCUCCCUGUCGCAUGAGUAAGCAUCCAUAGUGCAGAAGCACCUAAGUUAUAAGUGUAUAUAUAUACAUAUAUAUAUAUACAAUAUAUAUAUAUGGGAUUGGAACUUAUUUUAAACUGUUCUUUGAAGAAGAGUAUAAAUUGAUUAUUAUUGUUAUUAUUUUUAUUUAAGGGGAUAGCUGAUUCUUGGGUUGUUUUGUUUUGGAAUUAAGAAGUUGAAAUCAUAAGUUUUUCAAAGCUCAUUUAUGUUGUAAGAAAAACCUCAAUGGGGUUUGAAUCAUGUCCUGCUCCAAGCGGAUUCCUGUCCCAUAAGUCGUUGUCUUCUGCCUGAUCAUCCUAGUAUUAAAAGGUGGCAGGGAGAGCGCCCAUGAAUCAUUAUUUUACUUCUUGCAUGACAUAGUGUCU